CCACUUUGUGUGUAUGCGCUUACGUACUGACGAGGCAGCGCGGCGUCACGUGACCCCCGGUCGACGUCACCUGCUGUCAGAGGCUCAAAGAUGGCGAAGGUAGGGAUGUCGCAUCCGAACCGCAUCUCUGCGUCUGUGGCCGUUUUUCUCGGUGUGUUAAGCGCAUUAAAGGCGGGCAGCUGUGAUGAACAGGUUCCGCUUAUCCUGUGGACGAGCGAAGGGAUCUCCCUGCCAAGCCAGCCUCCCCCGACGGCGGGUCACAUGGUGGGGCAGCAGCAGCUGGCCUCGUACCUGGAGAGAGCCCUGAAUGUGGGCCCGAGGAACGUGGUGCUGUUCCUUCAGGACAAGAUGAGCCUAGAGGACUUCACCAUGUAUGGAGGGGCUUUUGGGAACAAGCAGGACAGUGUUUUCCCCAACCUCGAGGGGGCUCUGACGUCUUCAUCCUCCCCUCUGGUCUUACCUGCUGUGUCCUGGCCUGCAUCCAAUGCUGUGAUUGGCCAGCUGCAGGACCAAUUAGAAACUUCCCCUCUGUACAUGGACCCUGAGACACUGAGUCAGCUGAGACUCAACGCCUCCUCACCUGCCCUGCUGGUGUUCAGGUUGCCCUACGGCAUCGGGGCCGAUCUGAUGUCUGCCAAAGAGAUUCUCGGUGGAAACGAUGAGGUGAUUGGUCAGGUGCUGAGCACCAUGAAGUCCCAGUCUGUUCCAUACACGGCCAUUUACACAGCCCUGCGGCCCUCCAGGGAGGCUGCGACUCUGUCUGUGGAGGCAGGCCUGGGUGGAGGAAGAUCUCUCCUGCAGGCCAGAGGAGGAUACAGGGAGAGGGAGAGGGAGAGGCAGCGGAGGAUCAAGGAGAAGGCCGGGAUCUACGGCCCGGUGGAGUUUAAGGAGGGUGAAGACACCUGCAUCCUCCUGUGGGCCAAAAGCCUGUCAGUGAGCAUCCUUCGGAGGGGUCGCUGGGAAGACUACGACCUGACCCCAUCUACGUUUGGGAAAGAAGUCAGCCCGAAGCUCCGCGGCUCAACCUGCGACAAAACCAAAGCCAGGUUGGUUCUUAAUUAUGAUGGCGUCCUCGGAUACAGCAGCUUCAAACUGAUCUUUGCUAUGAGCCAGCGUCACUACAGGGUGUCUGCACGCCGCUGGUUCACGCUGGACGCCGUUGAGUUGGAGUACAACGGGACCAAAGCCACGUUUAAUGGCAGCAGAAACAUCUAUGCCCCCGCUGAGUACUCGUACCGCUGCGAGUCCGUCACCAGCUUCCGCUGGCCCCUGCUCGUCCCACGCUCGUCCAAAGACCAGGCCAAUCAGUGGAGGGUCUCUUUUGAAGACUUUCAGAUCCAGGGCUUUAACGUGACGGGCAGUGAAUUCUCGUAUGCCAGUGACUGUGCAGGCUUCUUCUCUCCGGGUAUCUGGAUGGGUCUGAUGACCAGUCUUCUCAUGGUCCUGGUGCUCACCUACGGCCUGCACAUGAUCAUGCAGCUCCACACUAUGGACCGUUUUGAUGACCCCAAGGGCCCGGCCAUCUCUGUGCCCCAGACAGAGUGACAACAGUCAGUCUCCCCGCUUCACUUUCCAUCUUUUCCUCGUCCGCAGAUGCUUCCACUCCCACCCUGCCUUUGCUUUCCACUUCCUGUUCAUCUGUAGUUGGGCAUGAAACAGAUUAAUUAGUGUGUAGUCAGAGUCAGGGUUUAGUCGUCACUACUUUCAUGUUGCUUCAUGUGUGCUUCCUGAGACUGAAGACGAGAGACUAGUUUUUAGGAUGGCCCCGGUUUGUGCCUGUCACGACACUCAGUCGCUCUGAAGGGUUUCCAGGGUCCUCAAAGUCUCUUCAAAGCUGAGUCUCAGUCCACUGUGUCUGACUCUGUUGUACCGGUUUGCUGUCAGCACAGACUCGGUCAGAGAGCAGCUGGAGACCAAACACAGAGCUAACAGAGGGGGGCAUACUGGACUUAAGGGGACAGAGUUGUGUCCACAGCUUGUCUCUGCUGCCCCCAACUGGACAGAAAAAACUCUUAUCGCAGGUUUAAUUUAAACUUUUACGUUCUAUUAUUUAACACUUUAUCAAAGGAAAAAAACAGUCUUGAGAAACAAGCUACAGAUCUUGUGUUGUGCAGCAGACUGAAUACUUUUAUGUCCAAAUGUUUUUAAAGGAUUCUGGAAAAACCUUCAAAGCAACAACGUGUUUGUUCCGCCACCACGCGAGAGCCACACGUUCGAGGUCGGCGCUCGGGCUGCUUCAAAGGGAUCAGUUGAACGUACAGGGACACAAUAAGCUCUGAAAAAUAAAUAAUGAAAUGCUAUUUAUUGUUGAAACUAAUGUGUGUGUUUCCAGUUGUGUUUGUGUCAGUGGGUACACAAGUGAAAUGAAGGGAUCGGGUCUUCAGUGCGGAUGACAGAUGGAUCACAUCCACUGCAGCGACUCCAGCCUUUCUGAUCGUGAAGCAAAGGAACGUGUUGAAGAACGAGCUGACGGAAGCACUACAAGUCAGACGUGAUGAUAAUCUUCAUCGUUCUGAUCCAAACACUCCCCUUCUGCUGUCAUUACGAACACGAGUGCUGCUGCGUUUAUUACUGAAAUAUACUCAAUGUGAAACUAGUGGUUUGUUAGUUAAUUUAUUUUGUUGUGAUGAUUUGUAGUGACUUUCGGUGAUGUGAGGUGUGUGUCGUGCUGCUAACGUGACCCAAAUAAAACGUUUGUGAAAACUGA